AAAUCGAGGCUAGAAAAAACAGCUGGCAAUCCACCAUUCAAAAUGGCGACUGUUGGUGAAAUGUUUCUGAUUGAUUCUCUCGAUCAAAACCCGUAAAAUGCAAGGGAAAAGGCAACAGCGAACUCCGUUAGAACCUUUUAGAUUUAUUACAUUCCUGAUUCUGUAUGUCAUUUCAUUUUUUGAUGCUACCAAUGGGGCUGGAUCAGUCACUGACAUCACGUCCAGUGUUGGCCUAGCAAAUGUCGAUGGAGUCGUUGCUGUUUUCUGCGACUUUGAUUCAGACAGAGAUACCGAUAUAUUGGUGAUCACAACUUCAGGGAAGAAGCUAGACAUUUACUUAUGGAGUGCAUCACAACUAAAAUUUGAAAAGUCAAAUAAAGGUCUGAAAUUCAGUGAUGGUACACUGAUUGUUGGCGCAGCACAUUCAGAUUUUGAUGGAGAUGGUUGCCCAGAUAUCCUCCUUUUAACCAAAAAUGAUACCAAAUCAAAAUUGUUCCAAAAAGAUAUUUUUGCAUUCAUCUACUGGAAUGUCGGAGAAGGUCUUUCUGAAAAGUACAGGACAUUCAUUGGAAGAAUGAACGAUCAGCCAUUAAUUAUGGAGUAAGUUCUUGAUUUUAUUUUGAUCAACAAAUAGAAAUGAAAUAAAAUUUGAAUACUUUGUUAUGCUCAGUCUUUGUAAUAUGAAAAUAGGCCGCGUGCGGCAUUUCGCACGCCUUGGUUACUUUGCGCGUGCGAUGGCGUGCGAUGCGAACCGCUUUUUAUCGGUUUUUUCUCAUCCCUGUUGUCAAGAACUGGGUGCUGCUUUUAAGGAGACCUUUUGUGUUAUAAACUGAACGGAAACCAAGGUAAUUGACAGAGAAACUGUUCUUGUUCUUUUUUAAAGAUGUUAAAUUUAAUUAGUCACUUAAAGAAAUCUGGAUUGAAAAAAAAUUAUAUUACCCGUAGACCCUACUCAAAUUCUAUUACCUGUGAAUAUCUUAGCGGAUAUUCAUAAAAAAUAUCUUACCGUUAGAUCGGUAUUCCUUUGGAAUUGAGCUAACAAUCAAAUGAGAAGGUAGAGAAAUGACACAAACGUCGAAAUGAACACACUUUUUUGGGCACAAAAACAAGUUUAAAAUAAUUUGAAAAUAAGUACAGUCACCGUCACUUUUCUUCAUCAGAGCUUUCUUCAGCUUCCUCCUCCUUAUCUAGCUUUGGUUCCUUCGAUAAACUGUUGCACUUACCCAGCUUUCGCUUUCUGCAUUUCGAAAGAUAGAUCUCCGUUGCCCUUUUCAAAAUAUUAUCCCUUUCUUUGUCAGUCCAUAUAUUGUCAUUGACUGCGAUGCGAAGUCUCAUCUCCAUAACCCUGUGUGACAUUCUCUCUACCGAUGAAUUGGAG